GCAGAGUGAGUGAGGAGGAGAGAGAGUGCGGGAUGCUGACAGAUUCCUGAUAGAUGGUUAAAAUGGCGAAAGCUGGUUCGACCCCAGAGAGCCACCAAACUGUAGCACUGUAGGUCGGAACAUGUAGUAGCUGAAGAAGCUGGAUAUCUCUCUGUGUGUUUCCUCUCUCUGUUGUUUUUUCAUUUUUUUCAUUUUUCGCAAAGCGCUGCCUCUUCUUCACCUCACGUUGUUCUCUAUCAAAGCAAGUGCUGGACGAAUUUUCGGUGUUUUUAAAUGGCAUCCACAAGGCGCCGUCGCCUUGUUCCGUGCUUUUUGGGAAUACUCCUAAAUGCUUUAAUCGGUGUGAUGUGCAAAGCUGAGCUCUCCUUCACCCUGGAGCCCAGCGACAUCAUCGCUGUGCAGGAACAGCCCCUCAUGCUCCACUGCCAGGUGAUUGGCAUCCCUCCAAUUACAACACAGUGGAGGCACAAUGGCCUCCUCUUAACUCAGGACCAGCAUCACACCACCUUCAUCAACGGCUCGCUCCUGAUUGCUCACUUCCAGAAGACCAAAUCUGAUGGCUCAUCUGACGAGGGCGACUACGAGUGCAUGGCCCAGAAUUCCUUCGGGCUGGUGGUGAGCCGCAAGGCCCGCAUUCAGGCAGCCACCAUGGCAGACUUCCACGUCCAGCCAGAGUCGGUCCACGCUGAGGAGUCUGGUGUGGCCAGAUUCCAGUGCCAGAUCCAUGGUCUGCCAGAGCCCGUCAUCAGCUGGGAAAAAGACAGCCGUCCGGUGGACACCAAGGACGAGAGGUACACUCUGCUGCCUACAGGUGUUCUGCAGAUCACAGGAGUGCGUGAGGAGGACAGUGGAAAGUUCUGCUGUGUGGCCCAUAACAGUGCAGGAGUGAAAUACAGUGCUGAGGCGCUCCUGACUGUUUCAGGUAGCUCUCAGUCAUCUGUUUAUAAAGAACCCAUGAUCCUGGUCGGUCCUGAAAACCUCACCCUCACUGUUCACCAAACUGCCAUCCUGGAGUGUGUCGCUACCGGAUACCCUCGGCCCAUCGUGUCCUGGAGCAGGCUAGAUGGCCGUCCCAUCGGGGUGGAGGGAAUUCAGGUACUCGGCACAGGGAACCUGAUGAUCUCAGAUGUCGGUGUGCAGCACUCGGGGAUCUAUGUGUGUGCUGCUAACAAACCAGGGACCCGUGUCCGCAGGACUGCUCAAGGACGCCUGGUAGUCCAAGCCCCGGCGGAGUUUGUUCAACCUCCGCAGUCCAUCGCGCGGCCUGUCGGCACCACCGCCAUCUUCACCUGCCAGGCGCAGGGAGAACCUGAGCCGCAGCUCACCUGGCUGAAGAACGGCCAGAUUCUGGAGCCUGGGGGCCACGUCAAACUCAGGAACAACAACAGCACGCUGACGAUAUAUGGCAUCAGCCAGGACGACGAGGCCAUCUACCAGUGCAUCGCUGAGAACAGCGCCGGCUCCACUCAGGCCAGCGCCCGACUCACCGUGCUUUGGGCUGAUGGACUUCCUGGUGUUCCCACCCAUGUUCAGGCUGAUGCCCUCUCACCCACCACCAUCCAGGUGUCCUGGAAGGAGCCCGAUCAGAAUACUCAGGACAUCAUCGGUUAUGUGCUACACAUCCGCAGGACCUCAGACCCAGUGGAGAUGGAGUAUGAGGAGGCCGUCAGUAAGGUGACGCUGCAGCAGAUCAUCCGGGACCUGGAGCCCUCCACCAGCUACAACUUCUACGUCAAGGCCUACACAUCCCACGGGGCCAGCAAGCCGUCGGACAGUGUCACUGAGAGCACUCAUGGGGAGGUUCCAGCUCCUCCUUCCCUCUACACAAAGGUGGUGAACAGCAGCGUUGUACUGGCAUCGUGGGAGUCUUCAUCUAAGAUGGGCCAGCAUCAAGGCUUCAGACUGUAUUACAGACGAGCGCACUCACCGAUAUUCACUGGUCCCAUCACUUUCCCUCGCAACGUCACCCAAUACAACAUCACUCAGCUGGAUUCCUCACUGGUCUAUGAGAUAAAGCUGCUUGCAUACAACCAGCACGGAGAUGGAAACGCCACCAUGCGAUUUGUUUCACUUCGGGAGGCAGUGGAAAAAUCCGUGCUGGACGGCUCGUGUGACUGUGUGAAAGAUGAACAGAGCAAAACAUCCACCACAGGCAUCAUAAUCGGCAUCCACAUCGGAGUCACCUGCAUCGUCUUCUGCAUGCUCUUCCUCGUCUUCAGCUACCGCGGCAGGUUAAUGAUGUGUAAGACGGUUCAGGCCACCCCCCAGGCAGGACACAGUGCGGUGCUGGAAUCCUCUUCCUCUUCCCAGGGGGCCGUUGGGCUAAACGGGGCUGCCAGGAGAGAGAUGGAGGUCAAUGGCAGCGCAGCAGGGAAGAAAGCGGUCGAAAGCAACGAGCUCGAGAGACUUUUCACUCAACCCAGCUCACAAGAUACAUGCAUGUCCGACUCCUAUGUGUUGAACGACACUCAGCUGUCUACGAUACCGCUGGACGAGUUUGCGGUGGAGAGAGAGACACAGUUCCAGGAGCCUCGUGCAGCAGCAGCAGCUCCACAGGACCAAGGCUAAUCAUGUAUGAAGUCCAAUUCACAUGACACGCUCCCGUGUCCAUGUAGACUCUUCUCUCACUCAGGUUUACAAGUGUUUCUUUUCAAAGUAGUUUUUUUUGCCUUUUGUGCAAAGAUUUUUUUUUUUAGUAAGUUAACAGGUUCUGGAGGAUCUAGGACUGUAUAUUAGAUUGUUUUUUGGUCCCGGCUGUUUCUAGCUAGGCAGGCCACUUAAAUGUUUUUCGGUCUUCUGUUAAUUUUCUGGUGUUGGGCAGCACAGAGAAUAGAGGCCCCAGAAUGUCCUUGUUAUACAAUGACUUUAUUUUUAAGUUUAUAAAUAUAUAUACAUAUAUAUCUUUAUCACCUAUAUGUCAAAGCGGUCAUAAGUUAUUGGUUUUGUCUCUACUUUUCUGUGGAUGUCAGAGACUCCUGCUGCCUGCUCUCACCUACCAAUGAUUCCACCUUGUCGCUCACAGAAGACUUCAGCCUUCUUCCAGGGAUUCACUAUAUUCUGUCUCAGGACUUUGUGUCAGUGAUCUCAACAUUUUUUAUGAGUUCUCAACCUUCAUACAGGCACUAGACUUGGCUGUGUGAACCUUACAAUUUUACAAAAACCUACCUCAGCCGGUAUGAAUGUGUUGCGGGAAGCUUUUAGGGACUUUACCUUCCCCUGAGCUCACAAUUACUUUACACGCGGAGGAACUGAUUGGUUUGAAAAUUUACAAGAUCAGGUGCCGCUCUACCUCAGAUAUCAAGAAUCGUCUCUUUUCUCCUGCUUGUCGAAGUAAAACUUAAAAAAUGAGUAUCCAACAUAAAGCACUUCCAAAUGCUGAAAUUAAUGUUCUACCUCAAGAUAACAAUGUUAAUGUUGUCGCUGUUGUUGUUGUUGUUUGUCUGUUUAUUGCAUCAUGAGAAAACCCUCUUCCCUCCCCUUUGUGCAGUCCUGGUUUCCCUCUCUCGAUGAAUGUGGUGUUUGUAGAUACUCUGUCAGUACCUCAUGCAAACUGACAGAAUGAUGACAUGUUGUAUGAUUUACAGUAUGUUGGGAAUAUGUAUGAAGUUAUGAUGCUCCAAUGUAAGUUUUUUUUGCCCUAGAUUUUAUUUCUUUUAAAAGAUCAUAAUGUUCUUUUUUCACAUGUGAUGAAAAGACUGUUAGAGAUACACUGCAUUGCUGAUAAUAUCUUUAGGACUGUUUCGUUAUAAUGAGAUAUUUAGCAUUCAAUUGGACAAGAAGCAAAAGCCUAUAAUAUGUGGAUGCCAUAGAUUUAUUUAAAAUUGGCAUGAACUGUGUGUGCCUGCAUGUUUGUUUGGGGCGGCAUGGCUCAGUGGGUAGAGUGGCCGUCUUGCAACUGAAGGAUUGCCGGUUCGAUCCUCGAUCCAUCAUGCUCAUGUCGAGGUGUUCCUGAGCAAGACACCGAACCCCUAAUUGCUCUUGAUGGGUUGUGGUUAGCGCCUUGCAUGGCAGCUUCUGCCAUCAGUGUGUGAAUGGGUGAAUAUGACGUAUCAUGUAAAGCGCUUUAUACCUUGCAGGUAUAGUAAAAAAAAAAGUGCUAUAUAAAUACAGACCAUUUACCAUUUGUUUGUGUGAUUGAAUGAAUGUUUUCAUAGAUAUAUGGCGAGUAAGACUAAAGAAAAUUAAGCACAAAUUUUAUCAAAAUUUCCUAAAACAUUGUUCUAGUAUCCUUGAUGUGAUGAAAGGAAUAGUUUGGCAUUAUGGGAAAUGUUACUUUCUUGCUGGCAUUGAUCUGAAAAGAGUGAUUUGUCUCUCAACUAUGAACUUAUAGCUGAAGGAUAAUCGAUCCAACUGUACCUGAAACCAUCCAUCCAUCCUCUAUACGCCGCUUUAUCCUCACUAGGGUCGCGGGGGGUGCUGGAGCCUAUCCCAGCUGACUCGAGCGAAGGCAGGGGACACCCUGGACAGGUCGUACCUAAAACCACAGAUAUGUUAAAUUAAUGCCUGUAAACAGAUUGAACUUCAAGACAUUAUAAAUUAGCUACCCUGCAUUUUCAGUACAACAUUUUGGAAAAACUUAUUUUGUUUCUGGUAAAAAAAUAGGAUGAUUGAUAGUUCUGUCAUAUACACUGCCGUUCAAAAGCUUGGGGUCAUUUAGAAAUGUCCUUAAUUUUGAACAAAUAUAAUUUUUUAAUCAAUGAAUAUAACUUUAAAUUAAUCAGAAAUACAGUCUAGACAUUGUUGAUAUGGUAAACGACUAUUCUAGCUGGAAACGGCUGAUUUUUAAUAGAAUAUUUACAUAGAGGUACAGAUGAACAUUUCCACCCACCGUCACUCCUGUGUUCUAAUGCUACUUUGUGCUAGCUAAUGGUGUUGAAUGGCUGAUUGAUGAUUAGAAAACACUUAUGCAAUUCUGUUAGCACAUGAAUAAAAGUGAGUUUUCAUGGAAAACAUGAAAUUGGCUGGGUUAUCCCAAACUUUUAAACGGUAGUAGAUUAAAUAUGAAGCCACAGCCUGGACUAAGUUACCUGCUAUAAUAAACUAUGCAAACAUUGGUGAGAACGUACUGCCAACAAUAGCACCAGAUGUUGGUGGGACGAUGAGUGCCAUUCGCUAGCAGUAGAUCAUCAGAAAGUGUAAAAAAAACCCUGCAAUUCCUCAAAUGGCCACUUGAGGCUGCAACUAAAAGCGAGUCAGUCCCCAUAGACUUCCAUGUUAAAACGCUCAACUCUACAGCUGAAAUAAACAUGUUUACAGCCUGGUACUAAAAACUAUUUUGAGCUCUAUAGCUUAUAUUUCUGUUUAUGAUAGCAGUGAGGGAGGUGAAUUUUUAUGUAACUCACCUGCUUGAAUUAUGUUAAUGCUUAAAGUCUAUGCAUCAUUAACUUCACCAUGCCUAUAUUCAAAUAGUCAAUUAUCAAUCCCUGUUGUCUCCAGUGACAGUUUGUAAAACUACUCAGUGUAACUCAUCGCAAAAUCAAUCCAUGUCAUCCUUCUUUGGGAAUUUAAAUUGUGAAGUCAAGCUGCUUUGUAAAUUCCUCUGCAAAAGGAAUGCCUAGCUAGCAAACAAUUGAUGUAGUAAGUGUAGCAAUUCCCACUAAUGUUUAUGAGCUCCAGUUUUAACGUAGUUUAGUUUUUAACAGAUGUAAUGUGUUUAGUGACAAAUCUCUGAGAAUUUCCUUGACACUGACUUUAACAAUACUGCUCGAAUGCCAGAAAGUGAAUGCAGACAUUUCCCAAAAUGCGGAGUUCUUCCUUUAACAGCAUGAGAGUGAUGUAAAUCUCCAGACAGAAAAGCAGUUAAGCUAUUUUCCAAAAUGUUGAAUUAUUCUGUUUUUAAAAAAUUGACAGCAGUGUAUCUCUAAACUUUCUCUGAAUAUAUGUUGCUGCAGUACUUUUAGUCCUUUUGUUUUCACAUCACUGUACCUGACUCCUUUUUUUGAAAUGAAGCAGUAGCCUUUUUACACUCCGGGUGUCCAGUAGAUGUGAUGGUUUUUGAUCAUGCUUGUGUACUGUUACUCUUCUCAAAACCACAACUGCUGCUCAGCCUUCUCCCUCCUGUCAACGCUGACUAGUUCAAGUGCUUCAGGAACGCCGUACUUUCAGUAUCGCUGGAUGCUGACGACCACAGACAGAGAGCCGGCCCGGGGGCGGUAGACGGUUGUUGGGUGACUAAACAAUCACAGGUGCUUCUCUCGCCGGCUCUCUGCGCAGUGUCGUCACAUACUGUACAGAAAUCGCUUUGAUGCAUUAUGGUUACCUACCUCAACCGUGUUUUUGGCCUUUCUCUCAGGUCUUAAUGAAGGAAACAUACAGAGUACGAACAAUGAAGGAGAGGAAAGUACACACACAUAUAUAAUUUAUAUACAUAUAUAAUAGAGUAUAAAAGCGUAGAUGUUGCAAUUGUCCAAACAUGCUGGACAGACAGACAAAGUAGACAGAAACACAAACAACACUCACAAAUGGAGGGAGAACUUUUUAGGACCUUUAUGUCGUGCACUAACUAUUUAAAGUGUUCAAUUUCAUGCUUAAUUUGUAGUGGAUGCGAAUGUGUAACUUUUGGUUUUUAUUGUCAGAUUUUUUUUUUCUUCCAUAUCACCAGCUUCUAACUGAAUUUCUUCUCACCUGUGUUUUAUUUUAUGUUUUAUGUGGAUUUUUUUUCUCCCCCCAUGAAUAAAGCAAACUGAGAAAAAAAAAUGUGGGCGGCACUUACAACUCCAACUCGCACACAAUUUCACACGAUUGGUUUAUUGAUUUUCCUUUGUGACUGAAGUUGACUUAUUACCUCUGGUAUCCUGAGUUCAGAUGGUUUCUGUGAGUAGGCCAAGGGAGGGGGGGAACAGCUGCCUAGUUGUAAUUUCAAAUCAGAAUUAAUGUGAAUUUCUGAGAGCCAUAAUAUCUUCCAUGUUGCCAAAAGGAGCGUCAACGAGCUACGGACAGUCGCUUUUUCAAAAAUCAGCUGAAUUUAAACUCCUACACAAUUUGUUCAAAUGGCUGUUGAGCUGACCUUCAUUCCCUCUGUUCAUUUGUCACAUCUCUGCUGCCUUGAGUGACAAGCUAACCUUUACCUCUAUUCAGGUUUUUUCUUUGCAUCUGUGGUGCUGAAUCCAGAAUGCUUCCUGGCAUUAUUCCUCAGAUGGUUUUGUGUGAUCUGUUCGGCACACAAGCUGUAGCAAAUGUUGUAACAACUGCGUAUUUACUGACAGGUGACAGAGCAUGCAAUGAAUCCAACAGAACAGACAAAAUGAUUACAGUCGAGUCAGAUAAUCGGAAGAUAAUGGACUCUGCUUUUUAAAAUUUGUUCACAACAUCCUUCUUGAGAGUUGUACGUGUCCUCACAGCUGUCAUCUGAAUUUCUCAUGCAAACCAGCAUCAUACAGUUUCCAUUUUUUAUAUCAUCUAUCAUUUAAUGUCUUUUAAAUUUAUUUGUUAUGUGCAGAUGUUCUCCUUGCAUCUAUUUGUUGUAUUUAGCGGUUCACUUUUGGUGUUAAUAUCAUAUCGCAAGUGUUGGGGCGGUUGAAAAAAAGGUAAUUGUUGAAAUAGCAGAACAAAUGCCACCCUAAAUGUCUCCUCUGUGUAUAUUUAUUAACCUCCGAACCUCCUGUGAUAUUUUCUCCCUGGGCUUGCAGCAGCCUUUAUCUCUCUUUUUUUUCUUUUACCUCUGUUGAGAGUAAUUUCACUUGGGAUAUAAGUGGUGUGUUUUUCUUCCUUCCUUCCUUCCUCUGUCCCUUGGUGUAAUUUAAGGUUAAUCUCCUCCUGCAGGAAAUUGCCCGCCCCUGUGGAUGUGACGGGUUUUGGUGCCACACUGUUUAACCUGAUUCACCGGGAACGUGGUGCAGUGACGAUCAUGUUUACGUGAUUAGACUUCGAUAGGUCAGGUUGUCGUAUUACUGUAAAAUAUUAGAGCUUGUGCGAUUCAUUGGAGUGCUCGAAGCUGUUACCACUGACUGACUGGUGCUGCAGCUCCUCCAACAAAGGAGGCCAGAUAUUUCCUUCGCUGACAUAGUUUGUGGAAAAAGGGGCCUUUCUCGUACAUCUUUGACAGUCUUGGGAAGUGCUCCAUCACCAAACACUGCUCCUGUCAGUUAGUCGGCCUCCUUUGUUCCUUGUUCAAGAAUCCUGACCUCUGGUCAAGGAGAGUGUGUGCUCAGGGACUCUCUGAUCCUUGUGUUAUAUGUAUCUCAACAGGUCUCAGAUUUAGUCUGCUGGACUCAGUUGCCCUCCUAGAAUUCUGCUUUGUGCUCAAUUCAGACAGAUAUGCUGUGAGAGAUGCCAUCCUUGUUGGAUAUUUAGGUACAUGAGAAAAAAUGCUGGUAAAAUAAUAUGCAUUUAAAUGUGUCAUUUGUCCCUUUAGAAAAUAGUUAAUUUCUAUCCUUAGUGCAGCCAAACUGGAUGAAAACAACCAUAUAGGGACACAUAUUAACACUGAGUUACAAUGUCCAUAAAAUAUUGUGACAACAAAGACAUUCACAAGAUCAAUUCAGAUAUAAUUUUCUAAAUUGAGAAGUAGCUGCUUUUAUUUGUCUGACAGUACAUCAAACUGAAGGUUUUGGGGGAUGGACUUUGAGUCGGACAGAAAAAGCAUUUUAAAGAUGUUAGCUUGAGAGAAAAAUGUAGAGUCUUCACUAUUUUCUGACAAUUUAUACAGCAAUCAUUCAGUUAAUCAAUAACAUAGUAGGGAGAUUCAUCUGUUCUUCAUUCAUACUCCUUUAGGUAUCCUCAGGUUUUCCAUAGAAAGUAUCCUGGACUGGUCAUGUGCAGGGUUUGAUUCAUAUUGAAUAUGGUGCCAGGAUAUGGCUCUAACAGAUUGCAUAUCUGUCUGUGUAGGUCUGUCUCUUAUUAUACAUUUACUAAUCACAGGUAACCAGAUUGAGUCAGAAGGUCAUAAUAGGCUUCGUCUGGCUAGAUUAAGGUUGUGUUGUUGUAUUAUGUCUGUGAAUGAUGUCAGUAGUGAGGACAUUUAGGAGAUCUAACGUAUUGAGAUUCUGGUUUUUCUAGAGACCCACAGCUGGUGCAACUAGUUCCUUCUUAAAAUAUCCUUUACAUUACGCAGUACUGAGAGUUGUGGCACCAAACGACCAUCUAAUGUGAUUGUAAAUUGAAGACGUUUCCAAUGCAUUUAUCUUCACAGUGUUCUGCUCUGAGACCCCGAUGACUGUAGAUGUCGAAUAAUGCUGAGUUUUGAGAUUUUAUACUCUUGUCAAAUGGUGAUUUAAUGUAACUGUACUUUAAUGUUUGAGAUCAGUAUUAUAUUUUACAUACUUAUGUAAAGAAAGCACAUUGAAUCCAGUGUAUUUAAGGCUAUUAGGCAGAGAAUUGUCCACAGUAGAUCUGCAUGAGAAACACAAAGCUGACGUGAAAAGUGUUAGUUAAUCCUUAUUGGACUUGUGAUGGUAACACUGUGAUAUUUAGCCAAAUAAUGGCAGAAAUAAUGUUGUGAUCUCAGUAUGGUACUAUUGAUGGUCCUCUUUAACAUUGUCGGUCAGUCUGUUUUGAUGGUGUGUAUUGAUGCUAAUAGGUUGAGUGACCUUUUCCAUUGAUAAAUCUCCGUCUGCUUCGCCCUCGCUGAUGCCUGAUGAUGACCUCAUCCUCAUCCUGUUGCCACCAGUCAUCCUCACAUGAGUGACUUGGAGUGAGGACCUGUCAGUCGUGUUACCUUUAAAGUGACAAGUUGUCUUCAUUUUCCUUCACAAACUGCCGUUGCUUGCGGAGAAUGUCUGCUUUGUAUCAAUGUUGUCAACACGAGCUAAAGCCACUCAGUCAUCCUUUAUCUGAAGUAAGAGCUCCUGGGUAGAAUCUGCUCUGCAGGUGUGAGCGACCCCCCACACCUCUCCUGUAAAUUUAGCAUCAAAGAUGAAAGUCAAUAACAGCCUCUCCGUGAAAACUCCAUUGUUCAAGUCUGCUAACAGAGCCAUACAUUGUAAAAAAAAAGAAAAAAAAAGAAGAGAAAAACAAGUAUAGAUCACCACACGGUAACUUCGGUCUCACAGCACUGCUGGCAAAACAGUUUUUAGUCCUAUAGAGAAAUUUCUGCCAAUAUGUUGUUGACAUAUAGAACACGUAGGCGUAAGAAUAUUUGACCUGCUCUCACCCGGUGUUGCUAGUUCGCAAGAAUUUUAGCCAUAUACAUAAAAUUGAACAACUGAUAAGAUUAGUUGUAAUCGUUAAAGCUGCAAACUAAACUUUGCUUUAUUGAUUAUAGGAUUUAAACUUCUCAUAACUUGUCACCACUGGAGGUGGUUAGAAUUGAUUAGAAACAGGAAACUCAUCCAGUGCUGAAGUUAAGUCUUCAUUCCUGGGAUUUAAGCCCCUGAAGAGUAUUUCUCUAGAACAUUCAAUCUUGACAAAUAAGAAACAGUCAAAGAUGAAAUGUAGAACACAUUUCCCUGGUUGCUAAGACGUUACCAGUCAAAAACUCAUUUAAUCUGCUUUAUCAAGGUAGCUUCAUCAAAUAAUCUUGCAGCCCUUACUACAUUUGGAUGUACUUCAGGUUUUGUAAAAUCCAGAACGUUGUCUUUGUUACGUGUUGAUAUAUUAACAGUAUACUUAAAAAACAUUGUAGAAACUAGCUGUAACAACUGGUGAUGGGCAGCAGUAAUCCUGAUAUUCACAGGAGCAGUUGGUUCCUGAUGCAGCUGUUGAAAAUUAAAGAUUAGCAUCAAAUUAGACAUAAAAUAAACAUCUUAAUGCUGUUUACUUAAUACUUACUGUUGGUUUCCAUAGAACCAUCUGUUUAUUUGCUCUUGUAGUGAGUAAACUGGUGUCUUCUUGUGCCUAAAUUUCAGCAGACCACAAAAAAGUUCAAUAGAAAGGCAAAGCUGUCUGCCAGUUUGUUCUUGCGUCAACUGAGUUGAUUUUACAGGUACUACAGGUUAUAAAAAAUUAGGAUAAUUUCUGUUUUAUCUAUGCAGUUUAUUUUUCCUGAGUCUUGCAGGGUUCAGAUGUGGUGUCAACCUGAAGCCAGAAACCAUGCCAGACGUGUAAACUACUACAAAGGAAUACAGGGAGCACAAAUCCUUAUUUUUAGCCCAUGGUCAUGCAUAAUUGCACUUGUCUGUCUCUCGAUCUGUCUGUCUGUCUGUUCUUCUGCCUGUCGGUCUUGUUGUUCUUUGUCUGUCUGCUGAGGUCACUGCCGAUAUCUGCAGUUUCCUGCCACAGUUUAAUUCAGGUUAACACGAGAUGAUUUAAUAUGUGUUCUCGGAGCAUCGUCAGGGAUCACUAUUGUUCGUUUUCACAAAGUUGUUCCUACACUCUCUCUAGACCAAAGUGUCGUAAGUAUAAGUUAUAAAUCUGUAUACAUAUCCACAUAUACUGUAUGUACUGUAUGUACUGUAUGUAUAUGUGUAAAAAGGCAAAAUAGACCAUUUUUAGUGGUUUGUAUUGUUUUAGGGUUCAUUGUGCAACACUGAUUGAAGAAAAAACAAUAACAGUGAUGAUAAUAAACUAGCUCUAGUAAGAAUA